GUAGUAGGUAGUGGUAGCAGCAGCAGCAGCGGUAGCAGGGCCCUCCCUCUGUCUCUGCAGAUAAAUACUCGCAGCCUGCCUAUUCCAGGCAUGGAUGACGGUUGCACUCAGACAUGGCACUGCGACAUUAUACUCUCGACCUCAGCCUCUCUGCGGCAGUCGACUCUGCUGCGAUAGUUCCCGGUCUGCUGUCCGUAUUUGAUGAGCAGGAAAUGACAGUGACUGUCCAUGACACAUCUGGGCAUGGAUACCUGGCUACUCUAGUGGGCAAGAAUGGCCGGCUUGCUAUCCUGCGCGUGCACUCCCAUGGGUUGGUCACCAUUGAUCUACAGUGUUAUGAAGACGAUAACCUUGCACAGAUAGACAAUCUUUUAAAUGCACUGGAAAAGAAGCUAAAGGUUCUCUUAAAUGGCAAUAUUACGAGGAUUAAAAGGCUCCCAGCCCUCGUACGAGGAGCCAAAGUUGAUCGAUACUGGCCCACAACUGACGGCAGAAUGUCCGAGUACGACAUUGACCGGGUGGUGUAUGAAGAAGAUUCUGCAUACCAAAACAUAAAAAUAUUACACUCACGGCAGUAUGGAAAUAUCCUAGUACUUAAUGGAGACAUUAACCUGGCAGAGAGUGAUUUGGCCUACACCCAAGCUAUCAUGGGUAGUGGAAAAGAGAAUUAUGCUGGAAAAGAAGUGCUGAUAUUAGGAGGAGGCGAUGGAGGCAUCCUAGCUGAGUUGGUCAAACAAAAACCAAAGAUGAUCACCAUGUUGGAGAUUGAUCAGAAGGUGAUUGAUGGAUGCAAAACACACAUGAGAGGAACUUGUGGCAAUAUCCUUGACAACCUGAAGGGAGACUGUUACCAAAUACUAGUCGAGGACUGUGUUCCUGUGCUAAAGAAGUACGUCCAGGAAGGAAGGACGUUUGAUUAUGUAAUUAAUGACCUCACUGCAGUCCCAAUAUCUACGGAGCCAGAAGAAGACUCCACAUGGGAGUUCCUACGUCUCAUCUUAGAUCUGUCAAUGAAAGUCCUGCAUCCCUCCGGGAAAUAUUUCACACAGGGUAACAGCGUAAAUCUAACAGAGGCACUGAGUCUGUAUGAGGAACAGCUGGGAAAGCUCUCGUGUUGCGUGGACUUUUCCAAAGAGGUGGUGUGUGUCCCCUCCUACAUGGAGCUGUGGGUUUUCUACACCGUAUGGAAGAAAUGAAGACUUCCAGUUUUCUCUGCUUGAAUCCCCAGCGGCUCGAAUGUUGCUCUUCCCAUUUCUGUGUUUCUGCUGUAGGCUUAAAGUUGUGUUCAGACUGGACAUGACACAUACACAAAGUAUGUGUAAAUGCAUGUUGUGGUGGCCUUACAAGAAAACAAAACAAGGCAAAAUGAGUGGAUCUGUAAAUCCAAAGUCAUACUUUCACAGACACAGCCUAUAAUAACAUGAUCUACAGCUGACAUCUGUGCUAUAAUUGGCUGUGUUUGGUUGACAAGCAUGCACUUGAAAACACUCCAGUGUUCAGUCAAGUUAGUGUGAAUAAAUCAAGAUGUGAAUUCACGUUGUGUUCAUUCUGAACAUAAAUUAAGGUGCAACACGUUUAUUACCCCCUCCUCUAUUACCUCCAUUCUACCCUCCUCCUCAUCCUCCUCUUCUUUCUUCCCAUUCUUCCUGUGUCCUCAGUUGUGUUUUGUUGGUUUUACUUGAUUUUGAAUGUCCAUUUGCAUGUUGGAUGUUGAAACAGUGAGUUGAUACACUGAUAAUGUGGUGUAGCUCCUUACAACAGGUGUGUGUUCUCUUGGUUUCUUGCAGUCUUUUCUUUCAGUUAUGUGCUCAUAUUGUGUGAUAGGGCAAUCUAUUGGCGCUUUUAAGCACUGUUUAUGUUACUGCCUCUCAAAUGUGAUUGAUUCCUUCAGGUAGUAUCGAGACAAUGUGAUCAUGUCCUAUCAUGUCCAGUAAGUUUGAGUCCAAAUGUGUUUUUAAAAGGGAAAUGAUUCCACCACUUUAAUGCCACCUCUGUGCUCGUGCUGUUUAUAUGUCAUGUUUUAUUAGCACCUUUUUGGUUCCUCCUGAUAUAUUUUAAGUUUUUUAAGACUGUAAUAGGUGCAUGUAAAGGACAAUGAAUGUAGCUUGCAUAUAUAGUACACAGCACGUCUACACGUGAUCCACCCUGUGGGACUGAGUUACAUUUAUUUAUUCGAUAUUAUUUCACCAAAUGCUGUUCUGUUCUACUUGAGAUAAUGUUUGUGACCAUCUGCAAUUAAAGUGUUUUUUGGGGGAAAUGUUUUUAUCUUCUUUCCGAAAGAAACUGAAAGACAGAUAAUUGACAAGUACCUUAAGGCAAAGAUGAAAAGAACAGAGAGGUCUUGAAUUAAAGAACUACUGAGCAGUUCAAAUUGCUUGAUGGUGUUU